UGUUGUCUCUGUUGACAGAUCAUCAGGACGCUGGAGCUCCUGCCCAUCCCGAACAAGAACAUGCUGGAGGAGAGCAAAAUCCUUCCCAUCAUCCAGCGUUGGGCCCGGACCAAGUCCGCCAUCCCCCCGCAACUGAGCGAAGGGGACGGUUAUUCCAGCGAGAACACCUCCCGGGCUCACACACCCCUCAACACGCCCGACCCGACCUCCAAGCCCCUCCUGGAGGGCGAGAUGGACACCCCCAAGAAGCUGGCCUCCCGGAGGCUCAAGAUCAUCAGCGAGAACAGCAUGGACAGCGCUCUCUCGGACACGGCCAGCGAGGUGGAGCUGAAGGAGAGCAAGGAAGACCUCGAGCCCCCCGACUACCUCCCGACCGAAGCCGGGGACGAGCCGCCCUUGGAGCAGGAGGCCACCAAGGAGGGCGCCACGGAAGACCUGAUGGAGGCCCCCAAGGCUCCCGCCGCCGCUGACCAGGAGGUGGAGCCCGAGGGGGAGGGCAAGGAGAGCCACACCCCCAAGCUGGAGGACCCCGUGGCGGCUGAAACCCCUUCCCAAGACGAAGAGGAAGGGGUCUCCGAUGUGGAGAGCGAACGAAGCCAAGAACCGACCGACAAGUUGAUGGACCUGAGCGACUUGGCUACCAAGCUGCUGGAUGGCUGGAAAGAACUCAAACUUCUCAGGGCAGCCAGGAGCUCCUUAACAUCCCCAGCUGGCCCACAGCUCCCAUUAUCAACUCCGUCCUCCUGAAGAGUGGAAAAGCCUGUGGAAGAGAAAAAAAUUCCCAGCGAGAGAUGGUUGACAAGCUGCCUGACGCAUGAGCGAUAGGCUGAAUUAAGACCGGAAAAAUGAAAGCACAGAGGUGGCUAAACUCUUUGAGGCUGAAAAAUUUGGGGGCGUCCAGCAACGACGCUUGGGGAAGCACCCCCUAAUUCCUGGCGGGAGAGCCGGAUCGUGUGAGCUAUUUGUUUUAUUUUACACACCACGUGUACUCCUUUGCACAUGCCUACAGCCCUGGCUUGGCGCUUCGAGGGCUUCGCUGGAGGGAAGGCCUCGAACCCAAGCCAGGGCCCAUCCGACACGGAAUCCACCUUGCAAACCAGCACAACCACACACAGACCUGGGGG